AGGUGCGCUCGUGACGUCACCGCUGAACUCCCAGGAAGCUCAGAGAUUUCCUUGUUCUCGGGCUCGGUGUACGGUUCGGUGGCGGGGAAAUGCGGCCGUGAAUCAGUUCUGUUGCCGGCUCCGAACCCCUAAAGGCGCGAGGCUCAACGGCGGCGGAACAUGGGGAAGAAAGAGGGAGAAGAACCGGAGCACGGAGAACCUGCUCAGUUUGACCCAAGCUUCAAUGGCCCCCUAAAGAAGAGAAGCUGCACAGAUAUUAUCUGCCUCUUCCUGUUUUUGGCUGUCAUUCUUGGCUACAUCGCCCUUGGAAUUCUGGCCUGGGUCUAUGGAGAUCCCAGACACGUUCUGUAUCCACGAAAUUCAACCGGAUGGUUUUGUGGAGUCGGACCAAAUAAAGACAAACCCAAUUUGUUUUACUUUGACAUCCUGAAAUGCGCCACGUCAGUGAACGUGAUGGCGUCGGCUCUGAACGGCCUUCAGUGUCCGACCACCCAGGUUUGUGUGAAACAGUGUCCCUCUGGCUUUUGGGUUGUAAGUCCUCUGGACUUUGCCAAGAGCCCAAAAGAGGUUUUUGAUCAGAACCUGUGCGUUCCAUCCGCCAGCCUGACCUCCGGCGAGACGGUUAAAGGAAUCCUGGAUAAGGAGCUGUGUCCUUACUACUACACUCCUACCACCCCUGUGUUGGGAAGAUGUUUGCCCGAUGUAACUGCUCUGGGAAACAUCCCACCGAACUUUGCCCACACCGGAGGCCUCUUACCGUCUUCCAUCAACGACACCGUCAGUCUUCUGAAAAACGGAACAGGGGACAUCCUUAACGGUUUCAAUGCCAAGGAUGUUGCGAUCCGGAUCUUUGAGGACUUUGCGUCCGCCUGGCCGUGGAUCCUCCUCGGUCUGGUUAUAGCCAUGCUGGUGAGCAUGCUGUUCCUGCUGCUGCUGAGGUUCACCGCUCCCGUCAUGGUGUGGCUGCUGAUCAUCGGCCUGCUGGCGGCUGGAGCCUACGGGAUCUGGCACUGCUACUGGGAGUACGACCAGUACAGAGCUCAGGGCGCCAAAAUCUCAGACGUGGGUUUCACCACAAACGUUAAGAUUUACCUGCAGGUUCAAGAAACGUGGCUGGCUUUUUUGAUAAUUGUGUCGUUGGGGGAGGCCGUCAUCCUUCUGACCCUCAUCUUCCUGCGGACCAGAAUCCUCAUCGCCAUCACUCUCAUUCAGGAAUCCAGCAAAGCCAUCGGCCACAUGAUGUCCGCUCUGUUCUUCCCUCUGUUCACCUUCGUUCUCCUCUUGAUAUGUGUCGCCUACUGGAGCGCCACGGCCUUAUAUUUAGCAACUUCUGGAGAACCGGUCUACAAAGUUGUGGCCCUCAACGCCACAGAACCCGGCUGCACGGGCAUCAACGCCACAGAGUCAUGUGACCCUCAGAGCUUUAACUCAUCGAAAUACCAAGACUGCGCCUCGGCCAGGUGCAUCUUCAUCACCUACAAUGAGAAGGGGCUCUUCCAGAGGAACCUCUUCAACCUGCAGAUCUACAACGCCAUCGCUUUUCUCUGGUGCGUCAACUUUGUCAUUGCCCUGGGGCAAUGCACGCUGGCGGGCGCCUUCGCCUCCUACUACUGGGCCUUCAACAAGCCGGGCGACAUCCCUAUGUUUCCUGUCACCGGCAGCUUCAUGCGCUCCCUCAGGUACCACAUCGGCUCCCUGGCGUUUGGAGCUUUGAUCCUGACCUUGGUGCAGAUAGUCCGAAUUCUGCUGGAGUACAUCGACCACAAAACCAGAUCUGCACAGAACGCGUGUGCCCGUUUCAUCCUGUGCUGCAUGAAGUGCUGCCUCUGGUGUCUGGAGAAGUUCAUCAAGUUCCUGAACCGGAACGCCUACAUCAUGAUCGCCAUUUAUGGGAAGAACUUCUGCGUUUCUGCCAAAAACGCCUUCAAGCUGCUGAUGAGGAACAUUCUAAGGGUGGUGGUGCUGGACAAAGUCACCGACGUGCUCCUGUUCUUUGGGAAGCUCCUGGUGGUGGGGGGAGUAGGCGUUUUGGCCUUCUUCUUUUUUUCUGGACGCAUUCAAGCUCCAGGCAACUCGUUCAGCUCCCAAAACCUCAACUACUACUGGAUGCCAAUUAUUACGGUGGUGUUCGGGAGCUACCUGGUAGCUCACGGCUUCUUCAGCGUCUACAGCAUGUGUGUCGACACGCUCUUCCUCUGCUUCCUGGAGGACCUGGAGCGUAACGAUGGAUCCAUCCAGAAGCCUUACUAUAUGUCCAAAAGCCUCAUGAAGAUUCUCAAUAAAUCCAACAAGGCCGCCAAAUAGAAGAGACGACAGAAGAACUGAAGGUCACGAUAAAACACAGAAACCACUUUUUAUGGAAGAUUUUGUAGCUUUUACCUUUUUAACACUAGUCUACUGUAAAGAUGUUGAAAUGGAUUUGCUAAUUUUGCACAUUUCGUCUUGUUGCAUGUGCAUCAAUAUUCUUGUAAACGUGAAAAAAAUAAUUUCAUUAGAGAAAAAAACUUUUUUUUUUAAAUAUUCACUGAAAUUUAACUGAGAUAAAUAUAACAGAUAUAGACUGACAUGUAAUCAAAGCUUUAGCAGCUCAGUUUUGUUAAAAAAUUUAGUUUUUUAAUAUAUUUUUAAAAAUGUAAUUUAUAAAAGGUUUACAUGUUUCAUUUGGAAAUUUGUGAAUAAAGUUUUAAUUCUUAAAGCUU